GACGCGGUUUUGACAAGUCUGGCUUAGGACGACCCGACGUUAUUUUUCUAUUGGGCCGAUUAAUCACUAGACUUCCACGUAAAGCCUAUUUCCCUUUUUUGUGUUUUUGUUCCCCGCUUCCGGAAAAAUCUCGUCGAUGGCUUCCGUCUACAGUUGUACGGAAUGCGGAUCCAACCUGAAUCUCAACUCUGCUCACCUAUUUCCGCCCGAUUUCUACUUUGAGGCCGGAAACAAGGGCACGACCUCCUUUGCCAUGGUCGACACCACCAAGUUCAGAUUCGAGAAGGAGGACAAGAUCAGACCCUUCUUCGAGACUGUUAAUUAUUGGGGAAUCCAGAGGAAGAGGACCAAGAUCAAGUGCAAUAGCUGUGGCUGUUUAGUUGGUUAUGUCUAUGACGAUGGCCCUCCUCUUACCGAUAGUCCCGGCCAAUUUCACAUGGGACCCAGCCAGGUGAUUCCCAGAGCCCCCAGAUAUCGUUUCAAGACCAAAGCCCUUCGAAUUACAUCUCAAACUUGAGACGAAGACGGGUUUCCCGUUUUGGAUAAUAUGAUUUCAACUUUCUAUCAGCCUAUAUGUGUGGGGCAGUUUUGCAUUUCCAUUGUACAAAUUUUCAGUUGUUCUUGCAUCUUGAGUCAUAUGGGUGAUGGUUUGCUGUUUUCCUCCGAAUAAAUAUGUUCUUAAUUCUUGCUGA